AGCAGCAGGAUGCUGAGCCCGCGGGAGCGAGGCGCCGACCUGGCCCGCUUCUACACCGUGACGGAGCCGCGCCGCCACCCCCGCGGCCACACCGUCUACAAGGUCACGGCCCGGAUUGUUUCAAGAAAAAAUCCAGAGGAUGUCCAGGAGAUAGUCGUUUGGAAGAGAUACAGUGACUUUAAGAAACUGCACAAAGAUCUUUGGCAAAUUCAUAAAAACCUAUGCAGACACACAGAGCUCUUUCCACCUUUUGCCAAAGCAAUAGUGUUUGGGCGAUUUGAUGAAACUGUGAUUGAAGAAAGAAGGCAAUGUGCUGAAGAUCUCUUGCAGUUUUCUGCCAAUAUCCCUGCUCUCUAUAACAGCAAACAGCUGGAAGAGUUUUUUAAGGGUGGAGAGGUGCAUGAUGGCUCAGAAUUGAUUGGUCCUGCUGAGCCUCUGUCUGACUCUCUGACUGACAACCUGUCUGACUGCAGCUCUGAAGUUCGAAAGGAUUUAAGUGGGCUUGAUGAUGUGACACUUACGAGCCAAUCGGAAUGUGGAGGCCUCUCCAGUGACAGCGACCUGAUCUCUCUGACAGUCGAUGUAGAUUCUCUUGCUGAGGUAGAUGAUGGAAUGGCAUCCAACCAAAGUUCUCCCAGUAGAGCUGCUGGCCUUUGUGUUACUUCUGAACCCCCAGUUCAAAGCACACUGGCCUCUGAGCAGGAGUGGAGCAAACCUGAAGGAGAAAAGGAAAGCCAUGGUUUGUUUACUGGAAGCUUAAAAUCCAAGCCAGGCAAACAAGAUUACUUGGAGAAAGCAGGCGAGUUAAUAAAACUGGCCUUGAAGAAGGAGGAGGAGGAAGAUUAUGAAACUGCCUUAAGCUUUUAUAGAAAGGGGGUUGAUCUGCUUUUGGAAGGUGUUCAAGGUGAAUCAAGUCCAACUCGUCGAGAAGCAGUGAAAAGGAAGACUGCAGAAUAUCUUAUGCGUGCUGAAAAAAUUUCCAGUCUCUACAAUAAAACCUCUGAAGAUGCAUCUGUUUCUGUGCCUCCAGGAUCACUAAGUUCAAGGCCCUCUUGGAACCUAAGGAGCCCUGCCGAGGAACUGAAGACCUUCAGAGUCCUUGGGGUGAUUGACAAGGUUUUGCUUGUAAUGGACACUAGAACACAGCAGACUUUUAUACUGAAGGGUCUAAGGAAAAGUAGUGAGUGCAGCAGGAGCAGAACGACCAUCAUCCCCCGCUGCGUGCCCAACAUGGUGUGUCUGCACAAGUACAUCAUCUCCGAGGAGUCUGUCUUCCUUGUACUGCAGCAUGCAGAAGGAGGGAAACUAUGGUCUUAUGUCAGUAAGUUCCUAAACAGAAGUCCUGAAGAGAGCUUUGAAAUUCCUGAAUCCAGAACAUCCAGCUCAACUAAAAUUUACCUGGAGCAACCAACACCUAGUCCUAAAGAAACUGGUAGCAGCACUGAUUCCAGAGAAAGCUAUGGGGAGAGCAUGCUGAAGGUGGUCCCACUGAGGAGCAGUCUGACACCAAGCUCUCAGGAUGACAGCAGCAACCAGGAAGAUGGUCAGGAGAGUUCCAAGUGGAUGGACUCGGCAUCCAGCUCAGAAGAAGAGUGCACCACGAGUUAUUUAACGUUGUGCAAUGAAUACGGACAGGAAAAAAUUGACUCUGGCUCCCUAAAUGAAGAACCAGUGGCUAAAGUAGAGGGUGAAGGGCUGCAUAGCAAAGAGAGGAGUUCCUUGCAGAAGUGCAGUGACAGCUUCACCUCCCAGAUUGCGCCUCAGGAACGAAAGCUGUUCAUCGAUGACGCCGAGUCGGAAAUAGCCAGCCCUACUAGGAUAUUGGACUCAUUAACGAGGUCUAAGAACAGCCCCAUGGAGCUCUUCAGGAUAGACAGCAAAGAUAGCACUAGUGAGCUCCUGGGGCUUGAGUUUGGAGAAAAAUUAUAUAACCUGAAAUCAGAGCCUUUAAAGCCAUUCUUUUCUGUCCCAGAUCAUGACAGAAGCUUGGAUGCCCUGGAGAGCAAAAUGGGUGUGAAAGCUCAUGACACUGUGAGCAGGGGUUCAAAUGACUCUGUGCCAGUUAUCUCCUUUAAGGAUGCUGCUUCUGAUGAUGUGAAUAGCAUUGAUGAAGGAAGGCCUGAUCUCCUCAUAAAUUUACCAGGCAUGUCAGAUGAAACAGAGGAACCAGCUGUGUCAAGGCCAACAAAGUUUACAAAAUCUGAUAGGGAUAUGUCAGAAGUAAAGUUGUUAGAAACACCCGAUGUCUUGCAAUUAAAUAAUUCUGCAGAGCUGUGCAAAGCAUUUGAUCAAGAGCCAAAUCAUGUGACACCAGAAGUGGGUGAUCCUGCCCACUGGGAAGCAGAUGAGCAAAGUGGUGUCGCUCAGGGAGCUCUUGGGACCCUCUUUACAUCUGACCAAGAGGUUGGUGCUUCAGAAGACGGGGCUCUGUUCCAAGAGCUUGGGGCCUGCUCCUUAAACAUGACGAGCAAAGAAGAAAGUUCAUGUGUUUCCAACCCGCUCUCAGGUGCUCAAGAGGUUAGCUUGGACACAGACGUGCUAAGGAAUGAAGGAGUGUCGCUGUUUUCCAAUCAAACUGAAGACAGCGGGAAAGAGAAGGCAGACUCAGCUUUGUCGCCAGCAGCUGAAAGUGGAAAGACUGCACCAAAGAAGGAAGACAAAACAGCAGGAGCAGGGCAGAAGGAAAUGCAUCAAAUUUUUCAGGACCUCGACAAAAGAUUAACUCUAACCUCCAGGUUUAAUAUCCCAGAGGAUUGCAUUCAAAGAUGGGCAGCUGAAAUGGUGGUAGCCCUUGAUGCUUUACAUAGAGAAGGAAUUGUGUGCCGCGAUUUGAACCCAAACAACAUCUUAUUGAAUGAUAGAGGACACAUUCAGCUAACGUAUUUUAGCAGGUGGAGGGAGGUUGAAGAUUCCUGUGACAACGAUGCCAUAGAGAGAAUGUACUGUGCCCCAGAGGUUGGUGCUAUCCUAGAAGAGACAGAAGCCUGUGACUGGUGGAGCCUGGGUGCCAUUCUUUUUGAACUCCUCACUGGGAAGUCUCUGGUUGAGUGCCAUCCAUCAGGAAUAAACACUCACACUUCUUUGAGUAUACCAGACCAUGUGUCAAAGGAGGCCAGAUCACUGAUUCAACAGCUUUUGCAGUUUAAUCCUGCGGAGCGUCUUGGUGCUGGCGUUGCUGGUGUUGAAGAUAUCAAAUCUCAUCCAUUUUUUGCCCUUAUAGAAUGGGCAGAUCUGCAGAGAUGAGAGACAUGUGCCCUCUGAAAAAACUCAGGUCAACUGGGCAAGUUUUUCUGGCACAGGAGCACCCUUACUCGCUUCCUUUGGAUGUCUCAGACCAUUUGGACGUAAUGGCUAAUGGAUGCUGGAGCAACGGAGCCAAAAGUGAAUACUUUUAACAGGAAUCACUGGUUGUACUGGGUGCUGGCUUAUAUUUUACCACAGCUGGUUGCUACAUGUGUGUGAGUCCUUUCAUCAAAGGAAGGUUUGUGAAGCAACUCCUGGGCAGCAUGUUUGGAGCUGCCAACUUGCCAGAUAAGCAGAGGCAGGAAUGUUCUGGUGCUUUGUCCAGUGAUGGAAGUGUCUAUGGACUAUGCCAGUUGAAACUAUUUUUUUAUUGUGUCAAUAGACCAUUUCUCUGUGCUAAGUGCAGCUCUUGGCAGGGAGGGGUAAGGAAGGAAAAAGCAAAUAAUUUAUUAAUGGUAUAUGCUAAAGAAAAUACUAAAUAAAAUACUAAAAUGCUUUAUGCAAAAGUUGACACGUUAAAAAUAAUAUAUCCAUUAAAAAUUAAGAAAGCUGUUGCAUAAUACUGUGGAAUGUGUCUUGAAAAUAGCAUAUCAUUUCCCAUUCUGGAAAGAGCAUAUAAAAGUCAAAUAAUGCUGUCAGAUGUUGUACUUUGGCUGGCAAUGUCUGUUUAAAACUCUUGACUCUGUUGUAUUUGAUGAGCUACAUGUUAAAAUCACUACAGAAAGGGAAAUCUUCCUCAGCUGGAUAAACACUGCUUUAGCACUC